AGUUGAAGUUAAGGGACAGCUAAGCUACCUAGAAUUAAGAAUGAACAAAUAUAUAUAUGUAGCUAGCUAGGGGACCAUAAUACCAUUUUCUUUCUCAUCAUAUCAUAGUUUCAUACAUAAGAUAAGAGAGUGAAAGAGAAGAGAAAUCAUAUACUAUAUUAAAUUAAUGGCAUUAGCAACACUUCAGAAGCCGCCACUAUAAACAUAUUAUGAUUAUCCUUUUUCAUUUCUUCAUUGGUUGUUUGUUGCAACUCACUUCUUAUAUGUAACGUAUGUAUAACUUCAUCUUAAUUACCUCAACUCAAAAACGAAAAGUAAUUCAGUGUUCGAUCGCGAGGUUAAGAAAGUCUGGGCAAUAAUUGUUUUCACCAGGAAUCGAAUUCGGAUUUUUCAGAACGAUUCGUCCUAGAAAAACUUAUUAACCACUUGAACUGAAUGACUUGAUUAGCUCAUAUUAUUGUUUUAUUCACUGAGAUUCUUGUUAAUAAUUAAUGAUGAUCUUAAUUUAUUUGUCCACUAGCUAGUCCUUAACUCAACCUUUCUUCUUUUUCAUGAUGAUCUUCAAAGAUUGUGAAGAGAAUCCGUGAAUUCUUUCUUUCUUGUUUGUUUGUUUGUUUGUUUAGGUGUUUGUUUUGUACCUUAACUUUAUCUCCAACAAUAUCACUCAUCACACUUUUCUUGUUUGAUAUAUCAACACUUGUCCCUUUCUCAUUCUUUCUAUAUUCUGAUAGAAACUUCACACUUUGUUGCAUUUAUUUUUUGCAGUUGGAACAAAAAUGAUAAGGAUGGCCCACAAGUUUCACUUUCUUUGAGGUGGCAAGAUCCUAUAUUCAUGUGACUGUUUUUUUCUUUUUCCAUUAAGGUUGUGUUUGGCAAAAAAAAAUAUGAAGCUUUUUUGAAUUAACUAUAACUCAUGCUCAUGCAUAAAGAAAAAGAGUGAAAAUUAUAUGGAACCAUUAAAUCAUCAAAGGUCUACUCUUGAGAGAGUGGUUUCUCAAAAAGCUUUACAAAUGAGCAAUUCAUUUCCAUGUCAAAUAUGUGUUAUUGGAUUUCUUUGUGGACUUUGUAUUGCUUCUUUGAUUUUGGCUACUCUUACUUCUUCCUUUGGUACUUUUCACUUUGCUCAAUUUUCAAUGCUUAAUUUAUCAUUCAACUCAGAUCUCAAUACCACAAUCACUAGUAAGUACUUCCUUAAUUACUUUUAUUUAAUGUCUUUUUUAGUACUACUAUUACCUUUUUAAGUUAGUAAUAAAAAAUUAGCAAUUACUUAACUUUUUAACAUGCUUUAUGAAGAGAACAAGAAGAGUUUUAAGUCAGUUUCCCAUUUGUGUUUUUUCUUCUUUUACUAUUAAUGUGAAUCCUAUACUAUUUGUUUACCUAAAAUUAUUCCAAAGAAUUAUUCUAAGUGUGUUUAAAGUUAUACACACUUUUUAAGAAAAUUAUUCAUGGUACUAAUUUCUAUGAUCAAAUGGACAUCAUUUACUAAAAUACUUUUAUUAAUAAUAGAUACCGAACUAAUUCCUCCGGCUUAUACUAAAAACUCAACUUUUCAUAUAGAUUUACAAUUGAUGUGUCUGGCUUAUAUUAUUGACUAGAUACAUCAAUUAUUCAAUGUAUUUGAAAAAUUGAGUUUUGCUUAUAAUUAUAAUAGGAAGUAGUAGUUAAGUAAGUUAAGACGUGACAAAUAAUUAUUGAAAAUACGUAAAAUAUGUGACGGAGGGAGUAUCAAAUUUAGUUUAAACUUUGAGCUCAACAAAGAACAAGAGGUUAAAAGUUUCCCAUUUAUGAUUUUCUUCUUUUUGUCUUAUGAAUUCUAAUGUUGUUUUAAAACUAUUCUAAAGAAUUAUCAAAUUCAGUUGAAACUUUAAGAACGUUUAUUCUUGAAGCAAACUUGAUGAGUACGAAUUUUAAGGCUUGUACAUGAAGUAACAUAUAUAUAUAUAAUUAUACUAAUGCUUACUUUACGUUAAGCAUACUCUAAUUUUGGACUUUUUGACUUUGACCACACUUACUACAAACAAGAUAUAGCAUUACAUUAAUUUGUUUUGCAUAAUCAUUUCAUGUAGAAAAAACAAUCAUGUAGUUAAUUUUUUAUAAUAUGAUAAAGUACAUAGAAAAUUUACUAAUUCAACAAUAUUAUUAUGCUUAAUUAAAUUAAAUUAACACAAGGGACAUAUUUUUUUUCAUGGUGACAACAGCAGAAUGCUCCUUUAAACCUAAACAAACAGAGAGAUUAAGAGAUUUGAGGAGCAUAAAAGAAAGUGACCAAGAUGAAAGAGUAUCUUUGCUUUAUUCAAGUUGGAGUUGUGUGUUAACAAAACCUACAACUGAGAGAAGUGAGUGCUUAUUGAAACUUGGAAUUAAUGAGUCCAAUUUGCCUAAUGCUCCACAUUUCGAAAAUUGCAAGGCGAAAUCGCAUCUACAUAAUCGUCUUGACACACGUAUAGGAAAUGAUUCCUUUCCACCAUGGACAAGUUGGAAAGGAUUGUUGGAUAUGCAACCUGUUGCAGCAACCGGCGAGCAGAUUAAACACUUCAGAAAUCAAGCUGUAUCUGAGGGUGAUUAUCCACCAUGGAUUGCAGGAUCUGAUGCAGAAAACUAUCCUCUGACUAGAAAAGUUCAACGCGAUAUAUGGAUUCAUCAGCAUCCACCGAACUGUAGCGAACCGAAUGUGAAGUUCCUAUUAGCUGACUGGGAGAGAUUGCCUGGAUUUGGCAUUGGUGCUCAAAUUGCUGGAAUGUGUGGACUUCUUUCUAUUGCAAUCAAUGAAGGAAGAGUCCUUGUCACUAAUUUCUAUAAUAGGGCUGAUCAUGAUGGUUGCAAAGGGUCGUCCCGGUCUAGUUGGAAUUGCUACUUCUUUCCAGAAACUUCUUUAGAAUGCCGUCAACGUGCAUUUGAACUAAUGAAAAGUGAGGAUGCUUUGAAUAAAGGAAUUUUGACGACGAAAGAAAAUUAUACGUCGAAGCAUAUAUGGGCAGGAUCAACUCCUAGGAUAUGGGGCGAUCCGUGGAAUUUUCUGCAACCGACAACUGAUAUAAAUGGUAGUCUGGUGGCUUCUCAUAGAAAAAUGGAUAGACGGUGGUGGCGAGCACAGGCUGUACGCUAUUUAAUGAGGUUCCCAACUGAAUACACAUGCAAUUUAUUGAAUGAGGAGCGCCAUGCAGCCUUUGGAAAAAUAGCUGCAAAAAUGGUUCUGGAAAGUCUUGCUAGAGAAUGGCCAAAGGAGGAGAAUGGUAAAAGGUCAAAUUCUGAUAUUGACAAAUAUGUAUGGUCCAAUCACAAUCCCUGGGUCCCGAGACCUCUUCUAAGCAUGCAUGUAAGGAUGGGAGAUAAAGCAUGUGAAAUGAGAGUGGUUGAAUUUGAAGAAUACAUUCAGCUUGCUGAUAGGAUUAGGAGCCAUUUCCCAAACCUCAAUAGCAUUUGGCUGUCCACAGAGAUGCAGGAAGUGAUAGACAAAACAAAAGAAUAUUCUUCUAGGUGGAAUUUUCAUUAUACAAAAGUAAGAAGGCAAGAUAAGAGUAAUGUGUCAAUGGCUGAGUAUGAAAGCAGUUUAGGAAGGGAGAGAAGCACUAAUUAUCCACUUGUUAAUUUUCUGAUGGCUGCUGACUCUGAUUUUUUUGUUGGAGCUUUGGGUUCUACUUGGUGUUUCCUUAUAGAUGGCAUGAGAAAUACUGGUGGAAAGGUCAUGUCUGGCUAUUUAAGUGUCAACAAGGACAGAUUUUGGUAAUCACUGUAAUUAAGUUAUUUGUCAACAAAAAUGUUGACUAUUAGAAUAACAACAGAAUAGUUUUUUGUAGUCUUCUGUAAAAUAAUGUAAAUUAUUCUUAUCAUAAUCAUUGUACAUGACAAUGCUAAAGAAUCUUGUGAAUUAAAGGAGUCAACAUAUUUGCAA